CGCUCGAUCGAAUUAGAACCGGAACCGGAGUAAACAUAAUACACAUUAUCCGGCAGCCCUGGUUAACAUAUGUUUUCUGUUCCCGUGCAGUUAUUGCGAAACGAUUAGUGAGCAAUUUCUACAAAUAAUAAUUAUUCUUUUGGCCCUCUGUUUAAGAGCCAAGAAUAUUUUUAAAAUUCUUUUAGUACGUUAUACCACUACCAAAUCGGUUUAUCCUAUAUUCAGUUAUCAUCUAUGUUUGCUCGGCACGCGUGUCUAAAUCUCUCCAAUUGCAGCUCAUCGAUUUUUGCCGUAGCAGCUGUUCUCAGGUUUCGAAGACCUGGAGGCAGCAGCAUAUUACUAGCGCGUCGAACUUUAGGAUCAUUAACUAAACCCAAAAUGACUAUAGCAGAUGCACAAAAGGCAGUGCCCAAGCGGCCAGAGCAGUCAUUGGAACCAAUCUUAAGAUUGAACAACAUUGAGAAAUCGCAACAAGACAGUCGUGACUAUCGUGGCCUAAAGCUGGAAAAUGGACUCAAGGUACUUCUGAUCAGUGAUCCCGCUACAGAUGUUUCGGCAGCAGCACUCUCUGUGCAUGUUGGUCAUAUGUCAGAUCCUGACAGUUUGCCUGGUUUGGCUCAUUUUUGUGAGCACAUGCUUUUCCUUGGCACGGAGAAGUAUCCGCAUGAAAAUGGUUAUACAACUUAUCUCUCACAGAGUGGGGGUAGCAGCAAUGCAGCCACCUAUCCUCAAAUGACAAAGUAUCAUUUUCACGUGGCACCUGAUAAGCUGGAUGGUGCCCUGGAUCGUUUUGCUCAAUUCUUUAUCGGUCCUCUUUUCACUCCCGGCGCCACGGAGAGGGAAAUUAAUGCUGUCAAUUCGGAGCACGAAAAGAAUCUAUCUAGCGAUUUGUGGCGCAUAAAGCAAGUCCAUCGGCAUUUGGCUAAACCCGAUCAUGCUUAUAGUAAAUUUGGCAGUGGCAAUAAGGCAACACUUUCCGAUAUUCCCAAAUCUCGGGAUAUUGAUGUCCGUGAUGAGCUUUUGAAAUUCCAUAAGCAAUGGUAUUCGGCAAAUAUUAUGUGUCUGGCGGUGAUUGGCAAAGAAUCUUUAGACGAAUUGGAGGGCAUGGUUAUGGAAAAAUUCUCCGAAAUAGAGAAUAAAAAUGUUGAAGUGCCAAAAUGGUCGCGUCAUCCGUUUGAUGAGGAUUGUUAUGGCCAGAAAGUGAAAAUUGUCCCCAUCAAGGAUAUACGCUCAUUGACAAUAAGCUUUACCACAGAUGAUCUAACGGAGUUUUACAAAUCUGGUCCCGAUAACUACUUGACUCACUUGAUCGGACACGAGGGCAAGGGAAGUAUAUUGUCGGAACUCCGGCGUUUGGGUUGGUGCAAUGAUCUAAUGGCCGGACAUCAGAAUACCCAAAAUGGUUUUGGUUUCUUUGACAUUGUUGUGGAUCUAACACAAGAGGGAUUGGAUCAUGUGGAUGAUAUUGUAAACAUUAUCUUUCAGUAUUUACGCAUGUUAAGCCAAGAGGGUCCCAAAAAAUGGAUUUUCGACGAGUGUGUGCGCUUGAAUGAGAUGCGUUUCCGUUUUAAGGAAAAAGAGCAGCCCGAAAAUUUGGUCACCCAUGCGGUAUCAUCUAUGCAGAUAUUCCCAUUGGAGGAAGUAUUAAUUGCUCCAUAUAUGAGUAAUGAAUGGCGACCGGAUUUGAUAUCGGGACUGCUGAAAGAACUGGUGCCAGCAAAGAGUCGCAUUGUCAUGGUUAGCCAGAGCUUCGAUUCAGAAAGUAAUGAAGUGGAGCCGUACUAUAAGACAAAAUAUGGCGUUGAAAUGAUACCCAAGGAAAUAUUGAAUCGCUGGGAGAGCUGCGAUCUCAAUGAGAAUCUAAAGCUUGCACUGCCAAACAGCUUUAUACCAACCAAUUUUGAUAUUGCCGAUGUGCCCAGCGAUGCACCCAAACAUCCGACCAUCAUACUGGACACACCGAUCCUACGGGUAUGGCACAAGCAGGACAAUCAAUUCAAUAAACCAAAAGCAUGCAUGACAUUUGAUAUGUCCAAUCCCAUUGCCUAUUUGGAUCCACUCAAUUGUAAUUUGAAUCACAUGAUGGUGAUGCUUCUCAAAGAUCAGCUCAAUGAGUAUUUGUAUGAUGCCGAUUUGGCCAGUUUGAAGCUCAAUGUGGUUGGCAAACCAUGUGGCAUUGAUUUCACCAUACGCGGUUUUAGCGAUAAGCAAGUUGUCCUUCUUGAAAAGCUGCUGGAUCAUUUAUUUGAUUUUCGCAUUGAUGAAAAACGUUUCGACAUACUCAAAGAAGAACAUGUGCGUACAUUAAAGAACUUUAAAGCUGAACAACCGUAUCAGCAUUCCAUAUAUUAUUUAGCCCUGUUGCUAACUGAAAAUGCUUGGGCCAAUGUAGAGCUAUUAGAUGCUAUGGAGUUGGUAACCUACGAUAGAGUUUUGAGUUUUGCUAAAGAGUUCUUCCAACGAUUGCACACGGAAUGUUUUAUAUUUGGUAAUGUGACCAAACAGCAAGCUACUGAUAUAGCAGCACGUGUAAACAAACGACUGGAGGCCACCAAUGCCUCUAAAUUGCCCAUUUUGGCACGUCAAAUGUUGAAGAAACGGGAAUACAAACUUUUGGCGGGUGACAGUUAUCUGUUCGAGAAGGACAAUGAAUACCACAAGAGCUCCUGUACUCAACUCUAUUUGCAAUGUGGCGCACAAACCGAUCACACAAAUAUUAUGGUUAAUUUAGUAUCUCAAGUACUCUCAGAGCCAUGCUAUGAUUGCUUGCGUACCAAAGAGCAAUUGGGUUACAUUGUCUUCAGCGGUGUCCGCAAAGUAAAUGGAGCCAAUGGCAUACGCAUCAUUGUACAAUCAGCCAAGCAUCCAUCUUUUGUUGAGGAUCGCAUUGAGAACUUUUUGCAAACUUAUUUGCAAGUAAUUGAGGAUAUGCCACUAGAUGAAUUCGAACGCCAUAAGGAGGCUUUGGCCGUUAAAAAAUUGGAAAAACCGAAAACUAUUUUUCAACAAUUUAGCCAAUUUUAUGGUGAAAUUGCCAUGCAAACUUAUCACUUUGAGCGCGAAGAGGCCGAAGUGGCCAUUCUACGUCAGAUAAGCAAAUCCGAUUUUGUGGAAUAUUUUAAGAAAUUUAUCGCCAAGGAUGGCGAAGAGCGUCGUGUGCUGUCUGUGCAUAUUGUUUCAACACAAAAUGAUGACAAUAGCAACGAAAACGAUGCUACUCCUACUGAGAUAACCAACAUGGACCGUCAUCAGACCAUUAACGAUAUUGUGGCCUUCAAAUCGUGCAAAGAAUUGUAUCCAAUCGCUUUACCAUUCCUCAAUAUCACAGCUAAGGGGGCACGCAGUAAACUCUGAAUCCAGCCGUCUCCUCUUCUUCCACAAGCAAAGCGGGUCUACCAAGUUAAUAGCUUUAGGUCAUUGGUUUGGGGUCACUCUCUCUCUGUAUCUUAACGUUUUUAAUGCUAAUCAUUCAUAAAUAUAAAAGAAUUUGUAUUAAUAA